GUAUAAUGUAACCUACAAGGUAGCAGGGGCGACAACCAGAAGGAAUAUUUGGCUUUGAACCCGAAAGUGGCCUCUUAAUUUAAUUAAUGAAGAAUAAGUGCUGACUUAGAAAUCUGACUGACUUGUAGCAAUUUAUUGUGCUAAUAGGAACUAUACCAGUCAUUGAUGACGUCAUCGCUUUAAUCAAAAUCAUGAAAAUUCAAGGAACUGACGAAGAUAGUGACCAGAUCAGUCAAAAUUGUUUUCAUGGAGACCCAAUUACAGAAAACCAGCGACUGAAGAGCUUACUUCUGUGCAUGAGAUGUAAGUCUAAAGAAGCCAAUGUCCUGUUCCUUCCAUGUGCCCACCACCGGAUGUGCACGGAAUGCGCACGCGGAAUCGAAAAAUGUCCUGUCUGCCAGCAGACGAUACAAACCAGCGUCCAGACAUUCCUAACGUAGUGUUCUGAAAUACCUAAACACAUUCAGGUCAUUUGAAAAAUAAAAAAGAAGAGAGUCUAUGAAAUACUAAACACACUUUUCAUCUUAUAUAACUUAACGGACUGGUUUAACAACAAAUAUUCUCGAAUGCUUCGACCAAAUUCCUUAACAGAUAGUACAGGAUCAUUAAUAGAUUCGAGAAGACGUUUACUGUUAAAGAAAUGUUAUUUCAGUUUCUGCAUUACACGUGCAACUGAUUGGUGCAUACAUAAACAUGUAAGUGAAUCAAAUGAAAAAUACAAAUGCAUUUUAAUAUAUAAAACUCCUCGUUAUCUAUAGAAACCAAAGUAACGCGUGUCUGGUAGUGAUGUUAUCAUUAAUAAAAUAUGUAAAGGUAUUUCAUAGUUUGUAAAUGUAUUACAUAGUUUAAGUGCUAUAUUGUUUUAAUACAUUUUCUUUACAUGUAUUACCGAACCAGGGGACCGUUUCAAUUAGCCCCAUUUAGUAUGUUACAACUCGUUCGAGAGUUGCGAAUAUCGCAUCUAACCAUUUUUGCGUUUCAAUAAACUUUCGGAAAUUACGAUAUUGUGGAAUGCUCGCGUAAGUUUACGAGUCGCGGUGACGUCACAACAUAAUAGGACGCCGCAUAUGUUGCGCGUAGACGCCGAGUUUGAGUUUUUUCGCCCCGUGUUUUGUUAGACGACAUCUCAGAGGAUGUGUUUAUAUCAGGAUAUAGUUUCACCAAAGUCAGUGCUCGGGAAAGUGUGUUGGUUCGCGAUUAUUAAGAGCUAACAGUUCUCGUACGAGCUUUUACUGUUGAAACUAAAGUAAUUAAAUAAUUGACUAGGUGACCAAUUUUUGUUAAAAUGCACAUAUUUUUUGUACACGCUAUCUAUAAUUGCUCGUAAUACGAUGACGACUUUUCUAUAAACAGUUUGAAUUGAGAUCAAUUGGCCAGUUACUGCCUUUUGGUUAUAUUUUGAUUGUUACAAAAACACCAAAAUAAUAUUUUAAUAUAUAAAGUGACUAAGGUUUACGUUAAAACCAAUAUGUUGCUUAUAUUGUUCAACAACAGUUAAAUUACAUGCGGCUGUAAUAAAAGUGUUGGAAUACAUAGAUGGCAUGAAACCGUUGAGUUCGCAUUGUAGAUUUCUUUAAUAACAAAUAAUGUACUCCGAAUAACGCGAUGUUUUGAAUUCAGUGAUUUUGUUGAACAAUGUACGGAUUAAAAACAGUGUCGGUGAAUAAAAGAGUGUUUAAUCUUGAAUUGCGGAUGCGUUGCUCUUUUUUUUACUUUUCAUUGGGAUCUGAAGUAAAAUUUAAAUGGUGAUUUCUUUUAUGAAUAUGUCUUUUCUUUAUUAGUUGAUAAAAGAAUGUAUGUCCACAAAGAAUUUGCUGCGUUCACCAACUGUUUUCGUAAAGAAAAUAAGAAUCGCGAUGGAAGCAUUCACAAUUUGACGAACAUUAACAUGAUGCGUUUAAUCAAUGUAACUACUAAGAUGAGAAGAAAAAGAGACCGCUAAGAUCUGAUUUUUACAAAUCAUAUGUCAGCAAAAAAUGUGGUAAUAGAAGAAUUUUUAUCGAAAACACAACAAUAUCGUCGAAGAGAAAUGCUGCAUCAUGCAUGAUGUAUGGGUUCACAUUUCAGUUAAUUUAAUCUGUUUUGGGCUAUUGUUGUAAAAUAUUUUACGCUCAGAUACUGAUUUCCUAAGGCAUUUUUAUAAUAAAUGUUGCAGGUUAAAAACAAUAUCAUGUUUAUUCCAGUUUAUACUUAUAUUUAUCCGUAUCCUCUUAAAAGGGCUAACACUGCUCGGCAAGCCUCGUAGUGUAAACAUUUAAUCAACUCGUCGGACAAUUUUAAGUACACAAUGACCUUAACCUAGUAUUUUGUCAUGUCUGUUAAAAAAAACCAUCACUGCACAAAAGGCAGGCAUAUGUAUUGAUGAUAUUUAAGCAAUAAAUGCGCAGUUGUUUAUUGAUUUAACGCGUAAGUGGGUUUCUUUGUUCUGUGUAACAAGAUGGCACCAUGACGUUCCACUGUUUUUGUUCGUUUGUGGUAAGUCCUAGAAAACAUGUUUAACCUAAAAAUUCUCAACGACCAGAAUUUUCCCAGAUAUGAGAUUGUCUAAACCAAAAGAGUUUUGGAAAUAUUUUAAAGCAAAAAUGUUGUUAAUCAUUAAUGGUCUUUCUUUAGACUCUUUUUUCAAAUACUUUUCCGAACUAGGAAACGAUAUAUCUCGAAAUGUUAAUACCGAGUCAGAGGAUUUUGCCUCAACUCACGAUUUUGAUUGUUGUGAUGAUGCUGAUGAUAGUUUGGAUCAGCCAAUAUCUGUAAAUGAAAUUUUAGAAGCUGUAAAAGCAUUGAAGCGAGGGAAAGCCUAUGGGAAUGAUUUUCUGCUAAAUGAGUAUUUUAUUAAAAUCUAUCGAUAUUUUGUCCUCCCACGUAUGUGAUAUAUUUAAUAAAAUUUUAGACAGCGAUUUUUUUCCAAGUAAUUGGGGUGAGGGUGUUAUUAUACCUCUUUAUAAAAAGGGAGAUAAAAAUAAUGUAAACAACUAUCGUGGUAUAACUUUAGUUAGUUGCUUAUCAAAAAUAUUCACAGCUAUAUUAAAUAAACGAAUUAAUACCUAUUGGGAGGAAAAUUGUAUUUUAUCUGAUGCCCAAUUUAGAUUUAGAAAAGGUAAAUCUACCAUUGAUGCUUUAUUAGUGUUUUGGUCUAUAGUACAGAAAUAUAUUAAUGAUAAUAAACGUCUGUAUUGUGUAUUUUUGGAUUUUAAAAAAGCCUUUGAUAGCGUUUACAGAAAUGGCCUGUGGCUUAAAUUAUAUAAAAAGGGCAUAAGAGGUAAACUAUUGCGCAUUGUUAAAUUUAUGUAUAAUAAAGUUAAAUCAUGCAUUAAGCUAUGUAAUAAUUAUUCCGAUUUUUUUUAAUAUGCUGUAGGCUUACGUCAAGGGGAGGUAAUCUCGCCGAUUUUAUUUUCCCUAUUUAUAGAUGACUUCGAGUUAUUUUUACAACAAGAUAUAAAUUGUGGUUUAGCAUUGAAUGAUAUUAUCUUUAUAGUGUUGCUAUUUGCUGACGAUAUGGUAAUUCUUGGUAAUUCGCCUGAAAAGAUUAACAAAAGUUUACUUUUAUUACAUAGUUAUUGCACUAAAUAGAGUCUAGAUGUAAAUGUAGAUAAAACAAAAGUUAUGUUUUUUAGAAAAAGAGGCGGUCUUUUGCAAUCAGAGAAUUUUGUAUAUAAUGGUUCCCCACUGGAAGUGGUAAAUGAUUUUAAUUAUUUAGGAACAGUUUUCAAUAAUACUGGUAAUUUUGCACUGAAUCAAGAACAAUUAGUUGGUAAAGCUCUUAAAGCUUUGAAUGUUUAAUUGAUUAAUUGCAACAAAUAUAAAUUGAAGCCAAAACUACUAUGUCAAUUGUUUGACUCCUUUGUUGGAUCUACUUUAUGUUAUGCGUCAGAGAUUUGGGGUCACGCUAAAUCUAAAGUUAUUGAAAGGGUUCAUCUCAAAUUUUGUAAAAGGAUACUAAAUGUUAAUAUCAGAACUUCAAAUGCUGCUGUAUAUGGUUAAUUGGCACGUUAUCCAUUGUAUAUUGUCAGAUGUGUUAAGAUAAUUAAAUAUUGGUUUCGUUUACUUCAAACUGAUAAUAUUAUCCUCAAAGAAGUGUAUAAUAUGUGCCUAGUUGAUUGUAAUAAUGGUAAAAGCAAUUGGGUAACUAAGGUUAUAAAUUUGUUAUUUCAGUACGGUUUUAAUAAUGUUUGGAAUGAUCCAUUUGGUGUCAAUAGUAAAUCUUUUAUACCAGUAUUUAAACAGAGAGUGAUUGAUACUUUCAUACAAUUAUGGCGUGUCGACAAGGAUAAUAAUGGUGUGUUAACUUUGUAUGCAAAUCUUAAAGUAAAUUUCGAGUAUGAAUCAUAUCUAGAUAUAUUGCUAUGUAACCUUAGAUUCUUUAUUAGCAAAAUAAGAAUGUGUUCUCACCCAUUGCGUAUACAUACUGGUAGAUAUGGUGUAAAUAGAGUUGAAAGAAAUGAACGUUUUUGUACAUAUUGUGAUACGCAUGAUUUGGAAGACGAAUGCCAUUUUAUACCUAUAUGUCCUAAAUAUAAUGAUAUUAGACAAAAUAUAUCAAACGAUACUAUUAUGUUAAUCCAAGUGUUAUUAAAUUCAUUGAAUUGUUAAAUACUAAGUGUAAGAAAGUUCUGAAAAAACUAGCUCUAUAUAUUAAAUAAGCACUGUCUCAUAGAACUGCUAUUACUUAUAAUUAAAAAAUCAGUUCAUCCUCUUAUAGUUAUGUAAUUAUUUGAUUGAAUGUGCUUCCUUUCUCCACUGUGACUUUAUAUUAUGUUUGUAAUAUAUGUAUUUAUGUAAUGUUUAUGUACGUAUUGUACAAGUCGUAAAUAUACCUAUGUUCUGAAUGUUCUGACAAAUAUAUGCAAACGCUAGAUUACAAUCUAUUUCAUUUACAUGUGAAAUGUCAUGCCAUUCAUGGCUAAAAGCCGCCACUUAACGAAAGUAAGCCCCCAUAAACUUUCCUUAUAUGACGUUCAAUAUAUCAAUCAUUCCAUAUUUUGAAAUUCGGGUUCCCUGUUUUUAUGAGUCAUAGAUUUUCCACAUGUUUCGGACAGUUUCCCACAAUGUCCAACGGGUUUCCCAAAGGUUAAACUAUAUUAAUCGCCGUUUUCUGUUUAAUGUAUUGUAAUGUUAAUCGUUUUAAUGCUUGCUUAAAAUGCCAUCACUACAAACAAAUAAUAAAAUUAAAAUACAAAUGAUGAAAAUAUGCGCUGGAAAUGGACUUGCGACGAAAACGCAUAGAUACGUCAUCUUAAUUCUGGUGAUUUGCAUGAAAUAUGGAGAAUGUCUGAGAUGUCUUGUUAAUGGUUACCCCGAAUGGUAUAACCCUGACAACCAGCUGUGUUGUAAAGGCUUGUAUCCGAGAGUUCAGAAUGGAUUUGAGAUGAAAUGCUGUAACGGCACAGUAUAUCCAGGUCAUUCGCACCAAUGUUGUAAUGGCAACGUUUAUAAUCAGAGCAAGACACAUUUCUGCUGUGGCGACGUCAUGCACGACAACAAAAACCAGAAUCUAGUAUGCUGCGGCGGAAAGGUUUACUUCCAUGGCAAAGGUAUUUGCUGCGCUGACAAAUUCGCUCCAACAGGAGACAUUCCUUUGAUCUGCGUGAAUGGAACGGCUGUGCAAAAGUCCUCAUCUAUUGAUAACGUGGAGAUCCCAAAUGUCAAAACCACAACAAACGUCCCAUCGGAAGUCUUUUAUUGUGGCCAAGUGCCGUAUCCAAAGGAAAGUUCCACAUACCGGUACGAGUGUUGCGAGACGGUGCUCCAUAAAACUCGUCACAAACAUACUGAAGCCUAUACGAUGAUGUGCUGUGGGAGUGAAAUAUACAACACAUCAAAAGACGUCUGCUGUAACGGUAGCCUGCACAUGUACGAUGUGCAACCCAUAGGCUGUUGUAACAACAAAGAAAUUUACUUUACUACAAUACAAACUUGCUGUGGCGAUAAAGUAGUGGACAAAAGAAUGUAUCUUUGCGCAAAUCAAACCAGUAGUAGGAAGUCGUUGGUGCUUAAAGACAACGUAAACGAUGACAAAGUCUGCUUUAAUAAACAACAGAGGACGCUCAGAACCUUUAAUUCCAAGACACAUAAGUGCGACGACAAUUCAAUUAUUGCAAAUAUCGUUGAAGAGAUUAAAAAUGACACACUUCAAACACCAAAUGUGAAACCGCAACCCCGAGUUAGACCUAUCAAAUGCCACUCUUGCAUUACUGGAGACCACAGCGGACCUUCUGAAUGCACGAUGAGGAACACAUUAAGCUUUCGUCUCGAGGGGAUUGAACAGAGAAAACGCGACAGAGUGUGGCUUCAUAUAACAGUGACCUAUCCCACAAAGUAUGCAGGUCGACGUAUGAAACUCAUGACGCAGAGAGUUUGCCAGACGUGUUUCAAAAAUGGUUUGGAAUAUGUUAUAUUCACAAAUCGAUGGGUAGAUUCAUUGCCGGAAAUAUCACGUAUUACAGGAAGUGAUGUUAUAGUACAAACAGAUAAGCAUACAUCAUUUAAGUGCACAAUCGAUCGCUGGGCAAAGGCAUCAUGAUCAUUGUUUUUCUUAUACAAAAUGAAUUAGUUACAAAUAUGCUCAGGCAAUAUGUACUUAUAUUGAGAAAACAUUGUCCACCUACUCAUCGGAUAACUUACGUUUUCUUGUAAUGCUAUAACGCUCAAACAAAGAUAUCAUGUAAACAAUAAAUCAUAUUUGAUUGGGGCUCAUAUUUUACUUAAAAGUCAUUCAUAAUGUAAUCGGCACUCAAAGCCCUAUUAGAUAUAAUCAAAAGUCCACGUGUUAAAUUUGCUUCUUUGCCGUCUAUAGCAUGAGGUUUAUUUCGUUAUUGUAAGGAGGAAUUAUUUUUACUCAUUUUAAAUGUUUUAUGCAUUAGAUUUUGCGAUCGUGAUGUUCUUUUACGCUUCAACGUUCCAAAACGGCCAGUUAAAAUAUAAGUUUUUUUCACCAAAACUGCAUAAUUAUUGAGUGGGAUAUUGAGACCCACGCUGUCGUCUUCUGUUAAAGACUCAGAGCGUAGAAACUCAAAGUACUCUGCGAGUUUGACUUUUCAAUAAAAAUGAAACAUUCGUAAGUAAAACUGAACUCGCGUCACUUUUCUAAGAUUUCGUUUUGACUAGGAAAUUCUGCAAAGUUAGUAAACACAAAGUGUUUCCACAAUAUAACUUAGUCUUAAAUGUCGUUUUGUGUUAAGAUUUAACUUUGAAUGUCGUUGUUAAAUAUAAAGUAUUAUUAUACCUCACUUUUAUUCACAAUGCUUGACUCCCAUAGUUCAUCGUGACAUAGAAAUACUGUCAGACCCAGCGGGAAAAAAAUUACUGUCCAAAAAAUACUUCUCCCGCUACCUUGUCAAUCACGUGCUACUAGCGGGAAAAAAAUUACUGUCCAAACAAUACUGUAUCCCGCUGCCAUAGCAAUCACGUGCGGAAUGUUCGAAAAUUAUACUGUCCCAUUCGCGCAUGCGCAGUUUUGCAUUCCCGUUGUAUUUGGAUAAUUUAGAUAUCGAUUGCAGCUGAAACUGUGCUGUAUAAUAGAUUACUGCCAUUAUUUAAGCUUUGACAGGAGUCAUAAAAAAUUCAAUUUAGUAUAAACGACACAAUUACCACAAUAGCAACUUUAAUGAAAUGCUAAAUGCAAUAAAUUUACAACGGUAUAAACUUCCACUGUCUGUUUUUACGGUGUUAUGCAUGACAAACACACAAUCCGAAAUACGUUUUGGAUUCGUUCGAUGCUUUAAACAAAUAUUUAACGGUUAAAAAACGCCACGUCCAUAUUGUUGUCCCAAAAUGUUUCGUCACCGAAAUGACGUCACACGAGUACGUCAAAAAUUACGUAAUCAAGUGAUGAAAAUAAAAUACGGAAAGCUGGUUCGGUGAUAUAUUUCUAAAGAAAAUAUUGACGAUUGAGAAAAUGGGUCGGACAAAUCGAUUACUAGGUCGCAGCCGAAUGAAGCUAAGUUCAUUUUGCUUGGCCCGAAAAUCUGAACCACACAACAUAUUAAUAAUUGUUCAUUGCUGAAAUUAAAUACAAUUAUUGAAUAUAUUAAAAUUGUUUAUGAUUUAUAUAAAUUGUUCCUGUUUGAAUAUUUUGUUCGGUAUAAUAAAAUAAAUAUUACAUGUCUGACAGGGUGACAGUAAAUUUGUCAACUUUCGGAAAAAUACUGUCAACCUUGGCUUCGCCUCGGUUGACAGUAUUUCCUCAAGUUGACAAAUUUACUGUCACCCUGUCAGACAUGUAAUAUUUAUAUACUGUCAAAUGCAUAGUACAAUGACGUUAUUAAUGUGAUUCAUUCUUUAUGAUAUCUAUUUAAAUAAUUAAUCGUUAAAUCACUGAAAUUCUGAAUAGCGGAAAAAAGCGAAUGUUCACAAUUUGCCGAGUGAGAAAAUUAAUUAUAAUAAAUACAAGUACAAUGUGCUGUUUGGUAACUAGAUGUGAAGAUUCAGUGUGUAUAAAAGACAACUUUUUUAACAGAUGCCUACUCUCUAUUAUAUGCAAACUAUCGGGGAUUGUAGUAGUAGAAGUAGUAGUAGUAGUAGCAGUAGUUAUACUUUUUAUAAUAAUAAUAUAUAAUUAGUAUUAUUAACUUAUUUUCCAUAAUUUAAAUAACAAACUUUAUAAUUAAAAUUAAAAUAAAAUAAACCUGAAAACAAGAAUCUGUGUAUCCAAAGUAGCAUUAUAAGUUAUAAUCAAUCGAAACAAUAUUUAGCGUAUGCGUGAAUACAUAUCAAACAAUUUUAACAAUGUCAAUGUCAUAUAAAGAACGUUGUGAUUUAUCGCAAAAACAUAAAAUUAAUAAUGUAUUUUGACGAAAC